AUGAAAGAUAGAAAGAGCAAAGAUAAAAAAUUAAAAGAAAAGAAUCGAUUAUAGUAAAAUGAUGUUGAAUCUGAUACAGAUAAUUCUAAUUCAAAAAGAAAAUCAAAAAAGGAAUAAAAAGUCCAUGAAGAUAAAAAGAGCCAUAGCAAAAGGAGAGAAGAAAAGGAUGAUUCGGAGGUUGAAACUUAUAGGAAAAUGCCUAAAAGCCAUUAAAAUGAUCUUGAUAAAAAGCGUCAGGAUAAAAACAGAGACAAUGAUGGUAGUUAGAACAGAAAUAACCACAGUACUAAGACUGACAAAAAGAAACACCAAGGAAAGGAUAGCGAUGAUGAUAAUCAAAAUUAAAAGCAGAGGUAAAAACUGACAAAAAAUGAUGAAAGUAGCAAGCCAUCACGAAAAAGCAUGAAUAGAGGGAAAGAUGAUGAUUCAGAUGGCAGAGAUACGCAAAGAAGCAAAAAUCGAAAUGAUUAGAUUAAGUCUGCUAAUCAUCAUGCCAGCAGUUUGCAUUAGACUAAAUCAUAAAGCAGUUAGAAGCACAUUAGUGAAGAAAAGGAUGAUGAUCACAAAAAUAACAGCAAAGCUCAUUAGCAAAAGAAAUUGGAUAAACCUCAAAAGGCAGAGAAAAAUCAUCAUCUUGAUAAACAUGAUAAAGAUGAUGACGAUGAUAAACCAUUACAUAAGAAAAAAAGUAGUGUUAAAACUCAUGGUAAAGAUGACAAUUAAUCAGAGCAUUCUUAAAAAAGAGAUAAGUCAAAGGAUCCUCUUAAAAGCAAAGAUAAAUCAAAAGAUUAAAAAGCUAAAAAAACUCCUAAAGGGAAAGAUGAUGAUGGAGAAAUGGAUUUUGAAGAGUACUUGGAGAUGAAAAAAAGAAAAAGUACUAAAAAGUAGAAAAAUUUGGAUUAUUUAGAAAAUCUAUACAAGGGAGGAAACAAAGAUGAUAGUAAAAAGGAUUUGAAAACCCCUGAGAAUAGCAAAUCAAACAAAUUACUGACAAAAAAUGGCUCCAAAAAGGAUUUAAAGGGGAAGAAGCAUUCAGCUAGUUAAAAAAAUUUUCAUUCGAAAGAUGGAAACUAUUAAACACCAUUAAAGUCAAGCUUGAAGGUUAUAGGUUAAGAGAGAUCAAAAUCGAGGACAAAAGUUGAUUAGCAUGGAAAUCCAAAAAUAAAAAAAACUUAAGAAGAAAAGGAAGUAAAGAGACAAAGAAGUCUAAAUGAUAGAUAACAGACUUAUUCUUCAAUAGAAAGCGUUUCAGAGGAUUCAUCAUCUGAUUCCUCUUCUUCAUCUUCAUCUGGGUCUGAAUCAUAGAAUUCAUCUAAAGAUAGGAAAAAUCAAAAAUCAAAAAGCAGAUCUAGGAAUGUAACUUUCAAAAUUGACUCUCAAUCAACAAUUAAAAGAACAAAUGAUAAAUCGAAUGAUGAUGAUGACGAUGACUUUAAGGAUUACUUUCAAGAGCAAAAUAAUGAAUUUAAAAGGCAGGAUCUAGAUUAAGAUGGUUAAAUUGAGAAACUAGAAAAGCAGAAUAGGAAAAUUGAAUCGCAUAUAGAGAAAGUUUAGACAUAAUUAAAUGAGUUGAAUCAUUUAUUAAACAAGCUAGAGAGUCCAAGAUUUAAGCCUAAAUCUCACAGAUUUGAAUUAAAUCCUGAAGAUCAAUAACUAUCAAAAUGGGUUGUUUAAAUAGCCGUCACCUAGGGAAUAAUUGCUGGCUAGAAAAAAGAAAUUGAAAGACUCAAGAAUAGUCUGGCUUUAGUUGAAAAAGGAAAUAACAACAUUGAACUAGAAAAUAUGAUAAAAGCAACAUAACUUGAAAUAGAAUAACUAAAUCAUAGGAGAAAAGGUUACGAAAAUGCAAGUGAAUUUUAACUAAAUGAAAUAUUCCUGUAGAAUAUGAAAAAUAUGAUUUAAGAAGUAUAAUAACUCAAACAAAGAUAUAAAUACAUGAAGAGUGUUAAUAACUACAGGGAAGAUGUUAAUGAUGAAUAUCAUAGGAAAGAAGUCCUGAGGAUUCAUUAUUAAAAUCUUUAAUUAAAACUAUAACUUACAGCUAUGAAGUCAUCUGGACAAGGGCAAGGUGGGUAAUAAUUUAAAGAUCCUAUUGAAUCUCCUAAAAGUGUGAUAAAAGGAUUUAUAGAUACUUUAAAAAAGAAAAAAUCAAAUGAUUUGCAAAAUUAUGAGAAAUAUAUUGAUAAAACCGAUAAAAAGUUAUGGUAGUUAAAGCUAGAUACAGAUGAAAAACAUCAGAAAAUUCUAGAUAUUAGCAUUGAGAAUUAAAAACUAAUGCUUGAAUUAGAAAGCUAUAAACUUGAUGUAAUGAAAAUGAAAAAGUAGUCAAUAUCAGAGAUGAAAUAUUAGUAGGCAUCUGAUACAAGUCACUCAGAUAUAAAUCAUAGAUCAAUUGAAAUUACAAGAGGUAAUAAACUCUAUACUAAUAUCCAAGAUCAAACUAGAUUAAGCAAAAAUUUCGUUUAAAAGCUUAAGACUAGAAAUAACAAUAUGAGUUAUGAUAGAGGAGGUAAUAAUUCAAUAAUUGGAAAUUAUAACUCAGCAGGUGGUGUGAUGCAUUUAAGAAACAGCUCAAUGAUUAAUGAUUAAAGUAGCCUUCCUGGUGCACUAGAUAAAAAAAGACUUAAGAAUUAUGAUCCAGCUUUAAACCCCUAUGACAUAAGAUAGGUAAACUAAUCAGUUUAAAACUUAAGAAAUAACUAAAUCAAGAUUUCAGGCGAUAUAAGUAUCCCAAACAUUAAUAAUCGCAACAGUAGUAUAGUAAUAGGAGAGAAAAUUAUUAAAGGAAAACAUAACAUAAUCAGUGAUGCUUACAGUUCAAAGAGUCAUAGCAGGUAAAGCGACAGAUAUGAUAAUUCAUCUAAACAAAAUAAGUAAAAAGAUAGUAAGAAAGAUAAGAAUAAGAACAAAAAUAGUAAGAAAGGUGAUAGAUAUAGUAACUCUGACAGUGAGGAAAAUGAGUCCUAGAGUGAUUAAAGUUCUUAAUCAGAUGAAUCAGACAUUGAGAAAGCAAAUGUGGUAGUAAAGAGAAAUAACUAAACUUUGCCAGUUUCUAAGAGUAUUGAUAAAAAUGGUAGUAACAAAUAGAAUUCUACUAUACAACAAUAGAAAGCAAAGUAAUUAUAGUAGGCUUAAAAAUAAAAAUUGCCUAAAAUUAGCAAUGUUGCGGAAGUAGACAUUUAUUGA